AUGGUUGACCGCUCCGUCUUCCAGGCCGAGCUGGAGAAAGCCCAAAAGGAUGCUUUGAAAGCUAAACAAGACCAUGACCUUCUUGUUGAAGAGUUAAAAGUCCAGAAGAAAAUAACCUUGAUCGACCAACUUAGGUCUGAGAUGGAUGAGGUCAAGACUUCAGCUGACGAGCUGAGGGGCAAAAUGGACCUCCUAGCAUCGGAGCAAGAUGCCACCAAAGAGGACCUGACAUCGACCAAAGUUCAACUCCGAGUGAUGAGAGAGAAGGCCGACAAAUGGUCUCAACUGAAUGAGGAUCCUUGGGCAUAG